GUUAUUAGACGUGAGCUUUGUACGACAUUGUCGGUUGAAUUUAUUAUCUUGAUAGUGAAUUUCGUCGCAGCCUCCGAAAACUUUAUAAAAAUAUAUUCGCAAACGGAUUCACAAAACCCAAAACAAAAACACAGUGGCUGUUACUACUAUAUUAAUCUCACAACUUUUUAUUACAUCCGGAUCUAUUGUAAAAUUUCAGAGAUGAUGCUAUGAGAUUGAAUUUAAGUUGUAUUUGAAUACGCAAAUAAUAUUCACAUUUCAAGUUUUGCUAUCUGUAAUAAAAAAUAUUGUAUGUUUGCGUGCGAUCAAAAGUUGAAUGUGUUCAGUAGCAACGCGUGAGUUUUGAGUAAAUGUACAUAUGUGUAUAUGUGAGUUAAGUAAUAAAAUGAUAAAGGCGAUAAACAUUUAAAGCUGACAGCACUGACAUUCGGCCAUGUGAGCAACUCAUCAACAUAUUUGCGCAAUUUCUGUCUAAAGUGAACCGUUUAAUUGCGCAGCGCAGCGUGUAGCACGAAUACGAAAGUGUGCCCCGAGUUCAGCACCCGCCGUCCCCUGUCCACACUCACAUAGACACACACAAAUGACGUCCUGCUGGCAUGUUCACCAUCAGGAACAAACAAUAUAGCGAUAGUUAUAAAAAGUUCGUCGUAUGGUUGGCACUUUCAUCUGGCUAUAGAUAGACGGCAGACGGUAACAGAUGUGCAUCAGAGCAGUGCAACAGUGUACUUCAAUACGUUAGCUGAUUGAAGGCUGAAAAUACACAAUAACCAAUUACCAAGCAGUUAGCCACAUUCUUGGUAACUUAAUUUUGUGGCAAGCGCUAUGGCCGAGGACGAGUUGCAAGCACUCGUGGAACGGCUCGAUGACGCCUCAGCGGAUAACAUUGCCAAUGCCAUUGCCAACUUCUCGCUAGAGAUGCUGCAGAGAGCCAGCGCGCUAAUUGGCACCCAACAGCCGCACAGCGGUGAUCUACUCAUAAACCGCACCCUGGAGGACCAGUGCAAGCAACAGGCUGAGCAGCAGGAUGCCCUAUACUCAAGCCCGCAUUUAAGCCACACGGAGAUAGUCCAAUAUAGCAGUAGCAAAGCAUCAGCUGACAAGCCGAUCUUGUAUUGUCCCACCUCCUUCGAUUCGGUGCUCUGUUGGCCUCGCACCAGCGCUAGUACCUGGGCUAUUUUACCCUGCUUCGAGGAGUUCAAGGGUGUCCACUACGACACAACAGAGAAUGCAACGCGCUUUUGUCAUGCGAACGGUACGUGGAAUCAUUAUUCCAAUUAUAGCAGUUGCCAUCAGCAAUCGGGCUCGGUGCCUGUUGUUCCAGACUUCUCAGCCAGCGUGGAUCUGCCGGCCAUUAUAUAUGCUGGCGGUUAUUUCAUAAGUUUUGCAACUCUGGUGGUGGCGCUUAUAAUAUUCCUAAGCUUUAAAGAUUUGCGCUGCCUAAGAAAUACAAUACAUUCGAAUCUAUUUCUAACAUACAUCACCUCAGCGCUUCUGUGGAUCUUAACACUCUUCCUGCAAGUGAUAACAACUGAAUCUAGUCAGGCUGGCUGCAUAACGCUGGUCAUUAUGUUUCAAUACUUUUACCUGACUAAUUUCUUCUGGAUGUUUGUUGAAGGUCUCUAUCUCUACACCUUGGUCGUGCAAACGUUCUCUAGCGAGAACAUAAGCUUUGUUAUCUAUGCAUUAAUUGGCUGGGGCUGUCCAGCGCUCUGCAUUUUGUUUUGGUCCAUUGCCAAGGCAUUUGCAUCGCAUCUGGAGAACGAGCAUUUCAAUGGUCUGGAAAUUGAAUGUACCUGGAUGCGUGAAUCUCAUAUUGAUUGGAUAUUCAAGGGGCCGGCCUCAUUGGCGAUUCUAAUUAAUUUAGUAUUUCUUAUACGCAUUAUGUGGGUUCUAAUCACCAAAUUGCGUUCAGCGCACACAUUGGAAACGCGACAGUAUUAUAAGGCCUCCAAGGCUCUUCUUGUGUUAAUACCGCUCUUUGGUAUUACUUAUUUGCUAGUGCUAACUGGACCCGAACAGGGCAUCAGCCGUAAUCUCUUUGAGGCAAUGCGAGCCUUUUUACUCAGUACACAGGGUUUCUUUGUGGCUCUGUUCUAUUGCUUUCUGAACUCGGAGGUGCGCCAGACGCUGCGGCAUCGCUUCAUAAGAUGGCGUGAGAGUCGAAAUAUUCAUCGCAGCAGCUCCCUUAAGAAUCGUAGACAUCGCACAUCGAAAGACUACUCGCAGCGCUCGCGUACUGAAAGUCUACGACUGACUUCGUCAAGUCCUGUGCCCGCCGGACAUUUUGAAUGAUCAAUAUAUUUGUACCGAACAGCAUGUAUACGCCAUUGAGAUUUCUGUUUUAUAAAUAAUAUUAAUGUAUAUGUAUGUAUGUUUAUUUGUUUCACCGAGGAGUGUGUAAUCUGUUUGCGGCCGUCGCUGCACACACGUGUUGGCUCGUUAAAACGCUGUCACAGCAUUGAUCUUACCGAUUUUGUUUAGACAAAACUGAUAUUGAUAUAUAUAUGUACGUAACAAAAUAUACCAACACACACCUACAAUUGUUCUCAUGUUACGAUAACCAAUGAAAUAGUUUUUUGUGAUUUAUAAUACAACAAUUUUAAAACUCGAUUAGGAUAUUAUAACACUUCAUUUGCCAACUUUGAAACAUGCAUUUUUUUUUUUAAAUACGAAAAAAAAGUUUGCGUGCCUUGACUUGAAGUUUAUUUU